CCCAACCGUAUGACUACGUAGUAUCUGUUCGGAAAAGCUUUCUCUUUCUUUGACUCAGAUCAUCGAACUCGUGCAUGCACGUAACCGCGUCCCAAUCCCCUCACUCUCACCUUUCCUGUGACAAGUCACCUUUUCCUGUCCAAUACACAACAUAAUAUACGGCCGGGAUGGCCAUUGACGAAGUCACCCCUGCGCCGCAGGUGACGGAAACCGCUUCUGGAAACGACGGUGACAAGAUUAGCACCAAGACGGGCGCGAACCCUCUGAGCAAGUUCGGCAAGAAGAAGGAUGGCAACGGAAAUGAAGAUGUGGAGAAGGAUGGAAUUGGAGGGGAUACGCCGCCGCAUGACUUACAGCGCAAGCUGAAGAGCAGACAUUUGCAGAUGAUUGCUAUCGGUGGUACAAUUGGAACGGGUUUGUUCAUCAGUAGUGGAACAGCCAUCGCACACUCCGGUCCGGCGGGUGCCCUCAUCGCCUAUAUCUUCGUUGGUUCUAUUGUGUUCUCGGUCAUGUCCUCACUUGGUGAGGUCGCAACGUAUCUUCCGAUCUCCGGUUCUUUCACCUCCUACACUGCACGACUCGUCGAUCCCAGUCUGGGUUGCGCGAUGGGUUGGAUUUAUUGGUUUAACUGGGCUUCGACAUACGCCGUGGAACUGACUGCUACCGGUCUGAUUGUUCAGUAUUGGGACGAUAAACUGUCGGUAGCCAUCUUCAUCGCCAUCUUCUGGGUAGUGAUCACACUUCUCAAUUUCCUUCCGGUUGGAUUCUAUGGAGAGAUCGAGUUCUGGUUUUCGAUGAUCAAAGUGCUCACGGUCCUGGGAUUCAUGAUCUUCGCUAUCUGCAUUGAUGCUGGUGUGGGAAAGCAGGGUUACCUUGGAUUCAGCACGUGGAAGGAUCCCGGAGCAUUUGCUCCGUAUCUGAUCGACGCGUCAAAUCCGGUUUCCAAGUUCGUCGGUUUCUGGGCCGUGCUUGUACAGGCUGGUUUCUCCUAUCAAGGUACCGAGCUGGUUGGUGUCGCGGCUGGUGAGACAGAGAAUCCGGAGAAGACCGUUCCCUCGGCCAUCCGCAAGACUUUCAUCCGUAUCCUCGUUUUCUUUGUCCUGACCAUCUUCUUCAUGGGCUUGCUGGUCCCUUACGACAACCCCAACCUGAUCACCGACUCGAGCGACGCCUCCGCCUCCCCUAUGGUCAUCGCCGCGAAGCUCGCCGGCGUGAAGGUUCUUCCCAGUUUGAUCAACGCCGUCCUCCUGACCGUCGUCCUCUCGGCUGCCAACUCCAACGUCUACAGUGGCAGUCGUGUCCUCCUCGGUCUGGCUCAGGAAAAGUUCGCGCCUCCAAUCUUCGGUUGGGUCACUCACCGUGGUGUGCCCUAUAUUAGCGUCGGCUUCACGGCCGCCUUCGGGCUUCUCGGGUUCAUGAACGUCUCCGAGUCCGGUGGAAAGGUCUUCAACUGGCUGGUCAAUAUCUCCAGUGUGGCUGGAUUCAUCUGUUGGACUUCCAUCAGUCUGAGUCACUUGGCUUUCAUGCGUGCCCUGAAGGCGCGCGACAUCUCUCGUGAUACCUUACCCUACAAAGCCGCCUUCCAACCCUACCUGACGUGGUACGGACUGUUCUUCAGCGUCCUGAUCAUUCUGACCCAAGGAUUCACGGCCUGGAUCCCUACCUUCAACGUCUCCGAUUUCUUCGUCGCGUACAUCUGCGUGAUCAUCUUCGUGGUCCUGUACCUCGGCCACAAGAUUCUCUACCGCACCAGUUUUGUACACCCGCUAGAGGCAGACUUGCAAUCGGGCCGGCUCCAGAAUUACUCUUGGGAAACGGCGAGACCGAAGACGUGGCAGGAGAGGCUUCGCGAGAGUCUAUAAAUUAGUAUAAUACCGCGCGGUUUGCGGUGUAAUUCACAUCAAGAGGCUGGCAUGGCAGCUGUGCGUGCAUAGAAGAAAGCUGCAACUCCGGGCCCGCUCGGAGGUACAGAUAUUCCGUGGAAGCGUCUUUUACAUUCCCCAUUUUACAUAUAGCAACAGUGGAGUUUCGGGUGUUUGGGUGCAUAUAUUUGAUGAUUAGUAUGUGAUCAUGUGAUCAUGUGUAUAGUGUUCUUAUCCAUAUAUGAUAGACAGGAGAUAGUUAUUGAAUAAUCAUACAUAUAACAAGCAUCGUGCA